AUGGAGGAUUCGCUUGUCAAUGGUUCGAUUGGAAAAGUGGUAGCCUUCAUGAGUGAAGAUUACUUUGAUUCCUACAAGGAAAACGACAAAAAUUUCACUGACGACGCAACUGUAAGCGAUGAUGAGCGGGCUCAUCGAGCUCGGAAAAAGCUCAAACCUUUGGGCUACAAAGAGGGCCCAGCCUCAAUGGCUCGGAAAUGGCCGCUAGUAUCUUUUCUUCAGCCUGAUGGGUCGGAACGACACUUAUUGUGUCAACCGGAGACGUGGAAGAUUGAGCUUCCCAAUGGAGAAGUGCAAGCCCAGCGUCAACAAGUUCCGUUGAUAUUGGCGUGGGCUCUGUCCAUCCACAAGGCUCAAGGCCAGACUCUUCAACGUGUGAAGGUUGAUCUGGGCCGAGUGUUUGAAAAGGGCCAGGCGUAUGUUGCACUGAGUCGAGCGGUGUCACAGGAGGGACUGCAGGUUACUCGAUUCGAGCCUCGCAAGGUGAUGGUUCAUCCAAAAGUGGUGGAAUUCUACUCCAACCUCAUUACAAUCUCAGAGGUCAACAAGUCUAAGUCGUCAGGUGCGUUGAACCCAGAUGACUUUGAAGAUGAUGACUUUUGA